AAUACCUGGACAACACAGAUGUUGAUCAAUACUGCUGCUACAGGGGUCCUGUAAUAAAUACCUGGACAACACAGAUGUUGAUCAAUACUGCUGCUACAGGGGUCCUGUAAUAAAUACCUGGACAACACAGAUGUUGAUCAAUACUGCUGCUACAGGGGUCCUGUGAUAAAUACCUGGACAACACAGAUGUUGUUGAAGAAAAAGUGAACUUUGGAAAUUAAGCUGCACCUCCUGAAUGAAGAGAGUUAUUUGAUGAAGGGGACAGUGCUCUAAGUGACUCUGGGGAGAGAGAGGAGGGGAGCCCUGCCUCUAAAAUGAGUUUCUCUGGGGAGAGAAAGAAGGGGGGCCCUGCCUCUAAAAUGAGUCUCUCUGGAGCUAGAAAGAAGGGGGGCCCUGCCUCUAAAAUGAGUCUCUCUGGGGAACAUGACACCAAAGCUAUGAGACCAAUGCAGCAGGAGAGACCAGCCUCCCCUGUUCCCAGCUGUGUGUCCAUGAAGAGUGACUGGUCUAUGAAUCAACCUUUACAGUUUAGAAAGGGAGACUUUUCUACUGAACAAAGACCAAUCCAGCAGGAGAGACCAGCCUCCCCUGUUCCCAGCUGUGUGUCCAUGAAGAGUGACCGGUCUAUGAAUCAACCUCUAUACUUUAGAGAGGGAGACUUUUCUACUGAACAAAGUCCAAUCCAGCAGGAGAGACCAGCCUCCCCUGUUCCCAGCUGUGUGUCCAUGAAGAGUGACCGGUCUAUGAAUCAUCCUCUAAACUUUAGAGAGGGAGACUUUUCUACUGAACAAAGAAACCAACAGGAGAGAUCAGAGUCAGAGAUUCUCAGUGGUCAGUCUUCCCAGAGUCAUCAAACAGACCUGGCCUCCAUAUUCAGUUUGCUUGAAGAGAAAAUGAUGACAUUUAUGAAGAAUGAGCUGAAGAUGUUCAAGAGGAUUCUUAGUCCAGAACUCCCAGAAGGCUUUGAGAGUCAGAAGCAGGAUAAGGAAGUGGUGGAUGCUGAAGAUGAGAAGCAGGAGAGCAGUGCCAGAGAGGGGGCUCUGAAGAUCACACUGCACAUCCUGAGGAAAAUGAACCAGAAGGAGCUUGCUGACACACUGGAGAAAUAUUCAGAUGAGCUUGCUGUGAUUUGCCAACGUGAACUCAAAUCUAAUCUCAAGAAGAAGUUUCAAUGUGUAUUUGAGGGGAUCGCUAAACAAGGAAACCCAACACUUCUCAAUAAGAUCUACACAGAGCUCUACAUCACAGAGGGUGGAACAGGAGAGGUCAAUAAGGAACAUGAGCUGAAACAGAUUGAGACAACAACCAGGAAACAAGCAAGACCAGAGACUGCAAUCAAAUGUAACGACAUCUUCAAACCCUUAACUGGACAAGACAAACCUAUCAGAACUGUGCUGACAAAGGGAGUCGCUGGCAUUGGAAAAACAGUCUCUGUGCAGAAGUUCAUUCUGGACUGGGCUGAAGGAAAAGCAAAUCAGGAUGUCCAAUUUGUAUUUUCAUUCCCUUUCCGGGAGCUGAAUUUGAUGAAAGAGGACAAACACACUUUCAUUGAACUGCUCAAUCACUUCUCAAUGGAAACCAAACAAUCAGGAAUCUCCAUCAACAACAAGUACAAAGUUCUGUUCAUCUUUGAUGGUCUGGAUGAGUGCCGACUGCCCCUAGACUUCCAGAAGAACAAGAUCUGUUGGGACGUCACAGAGUCAACCUCAGUGGAUGUUCUGCUUACAAAUCUCAUCAAGGGAAAUCUGCUUCCCUCUGCUCUCCUCUGGAUAACUACCCGACCUGCAGCAGCCAAUAAGAUCCCUUCAUGGUGUGUUGACCAGGUGACAGAGGUACGAGGGUUCAAUGACCCACAGAAGGAGGAGUACUUCAGGAAGAGAUUCAGUGAUGAGGACCUGGCCAGCAGAAUCAUCUCACACAUAAAGACAUCAAGGAGCCUCCACAUCAUGUGCCACAUUCCAGUCUUCUGUUGGAUUUCUGCAACAGUCCUUGAACACAUGCUGAAACAUAAGAGAGAAGAGAUGCCCAAGACUCUGACUGAGAUGUACACACACCUUGUGGUGUUUCAUACCAAACAGAAGAAUGAAAAGUAUCUUGGGAAAGAAGAGACAGGUCCACACUGGAAUAAAGAGAGCAUUCUGUCACUGGGAAAACUGGCUUUUCAACAGCUUGUGAAGGGCAAUCUGAUUUUCUAUGAAGAAGACCUGAAAGAGUCAGGCAUUGAUGUCAAUGAAGCCUCAGUGUACUCAGGAUUGUGCACACAGCUCUUUAAAGAGGAAUGUGGGCUGUACCAGGACAAGGUGUACUGCUUUGUUCAUCUGAGCAUUCAGGAGUUUCUGGCUGCUGUAUAUGUGUUCCUCUCAUUCAUCAACAACAAUGAGAAUCUAAUGGACAAACUGCAAACAAAAGACGAGCCUGAAGUUGCUUUCUACAAGAGUGCUGUGGAUAAAGCCUUACAAAGUGAGACGGGAAACCUGGACCUUUUCCUCCGCUUCCUUCUGGGCCUCUCACUGGAGUCCAAUCAGAAGCACUUACGAGGUCUACUGACAAAGACAAGAAGCAGCUCACAGAGCCAUGAAGAAACAGUCAAGUACAUCAAGGAGAAGAUCAGGGAGAAUCUCUCUCCAGAGAGGAGCAUCAAUCUGUUCCACUGUCUGAAUGAACUGAAUGACCAUUCUCUAGUGGAGGAGAUCCAAAGCUACCUGAGAUCAGGAAGUCUCUCUAGAGCCAAACUGUCACCUGCACAGUGGUCAGCUCUGGUCUUUGUGUUGCUGACUUCAGAAAAGGAGCUGGAUGUGUUUGACCUGAAGAAAUACUCCAGAUCAGAGGAAGGUCUUCUGAGGCUGCUGCCAGUGGUCAAAGCCUCCAGAGCUGUUCUGCUGUCAGACUGUGGAGUCACAGAGGAAGGCUGUGCUUCUCUGGUCUCAGCUCUGGAGUCAAACCCCUCACACAUGAGAGAGCUGGAUCUGAGUAACAACGACCUGAAGGAUUCAGGAGUGAAGCUGCUCUCUGCUGGACUGGGGAAUCCCCACUGUAAACUGGAGACUCUGAGGCUGUCAGGCUGUCUAGUCACAGAGGAAGGCUGUGCUUCUCUGGUCUCAGCUCUGGAGUCAAACCCCUCACACCUGAGAGAACUGGAUCUGAGUAACAAUGACCUGAAGGAUUCAGGAGUGAAGCUGCUCUCUGCUGGACUGGGGAAUCCCCACUGUAAACUGGAGACUCUGAGGUCAGUAUUCCUGUAGAAGAUGGCACGGGAGGCAGAUGGUUAGAGUCUUUGAUAUUUAUUAAUAUACUAAAAGGGGGAGGCAAGAGAAUGGUCGUGGACAGGCCAAAGGUCAUAACCAGAUCAGAGUCCAGGAGGCACAGAGUGGCAGACAGACUAGAGGUCAGGACAGACAGACUGGACAGGACAGGCAGAAUGGUCAGGCUGACUAGAGGUCAGGACAGGCAGACUGGUCAGGACAGGCAGA